UGGGUGGCAUGCAGGAAUGACACCGUCUGUCCUUCUCCCUCCUGUUGGGAGCAGUCAUUAUAUUGACCCACUUUCAUUCGUCAUUCGCUGUCCUUCCUAAUUCGUUUUAGGGACUCCCUCAACUUUCCUCUGCUUUUGCCACAAUUCUCCAAGCGAGCACACAGGGGGCGCUGUUUCCAUAGCUGCUUAUUGCUGGUAUUUGCUGAAAGAUUGUGUUGCUUACAAAAUCUUCUGAACUUCACUUUACCGGAACCGAACAUGUUCUGGAAGUGCGUUCACCUUGCCGAGGCGGCCGUCUGACCGCCUGUGCCCGGGUACAGUACCACAGGCCCAGGUCAGGCGCCUGGGGCAGCUGCGUGGCGGCUUCACGUCAAAGGGACACCAAAAGUUAGCUGCACGGCUAAAACCCAAAAGUCUGUACGGAUCGGAUGAAGAAGUUCUGCGACGCAGUCGAGACUCGCUUGUGACUUUGGACCCCAUGCCGUUACAGAACCUUUGCUCGGCUUUUUGGAUACUGGACUCGCGUUCUUACUGGAUUUUACGCAGUUUUACAUUGGCGACGUAGUGGAUUGAUUGACGCACGGAACCCCAGUCGGAUCGGAACCGGGGCUGCUUUGGAGGGCAGUGCGGUAGGAAGGCGGCAGUUUCGCCAUUCGGACGCUGCUUUGGCGGGUCGAGGUGAGCAGCAACCGAGGCCUGCGGGUCAGGCUUCUAGCGGGCUCGAGUAGCUCCCGUCACCGCCCAGCAGGACUUACGGGCGGGUUCGAAGCACCUCCUCUGCCGGGACCAUGGAACGGAUGGAAGUGGACCAUUGCGCAGGCGCAGCUGGUGGGGCCUUACGCAGGUCCAACAGCGCCCCCAUGAUAACGAGUGUCGGUAAGCGGAUGGCCGUGACCAGUCAACCCGUAACAGUCCGAUACAGGCGAGUGUCCGUCAACUGCAGCUGUCCGUCACAGGAGGACAAUAUGGAUGCGGCACUUCGAGGGAACCUGCAGGGGCUCGGUGCUUCCGGUGUACUCUCGGUUCCUUCCAGCAGCCAGUGGCACGAGGACGCCCGCGAGUGGGUUCGUUCGCAGGACAGUGCCAUCACGCCAAACUCGUCCCCGAGUCCCAGUCGGAGGUUCAGCAGACCUGUGGGUGGAGCCAACGUCAGAUGGCCCGCCUUAACGCCUCUCAAGAGGAAAGGGGGGGUGGAGUCAGAUGGUCCUCCCAAGAAGCUGUUUGUUACUGGCGUUUUAGACUCCACCCACCACAGCAGCUACGCGCGCCUCACCUGCAGACUCUGCCCCCAGAGGUGCCCCCAGUCCUCAGUCAUCUCCGUUUGCCCCCCACCAGCACUCAGCGCAUUAACACCCCCCACCCCUCCUCUGCCUGCUUAUGGAGCAUCCUCUUGCACCGUGACCAUGUCCCAAAGUGGGCGGAACCCGCAGCCAUGGAAGUGCCUUAGAGUGACAUUCACUACUUUAGCCAGCAAGGAGCAACAUGCCAAUGAGCGGCGACCAUCUUUGUUUCACAAGUACAAACUGAAUUCCAUUUUUUUAAACCUUUGACCUUCCAGCAGUGUGCACACAUUCAGCCGUGUUAGUCGGCUACAAAGUACAAAUUGUUCAAACUGUUUUGCACUUCACAACUGGAUGCUUUAUGGGCAUCUGGAGAGUGGACGACACCCCCCCCAUUACAAGUGUUGACAGCAUCAACGUGAUCGUCCAACGUGGCCUCAAAGCCAAGAACGUCCACACAUGGUGAAAGGACGCACUGUUAUGUUGGUGUGCUUGUGAGACCCUAAUGGUAAACGAGGUGAUGGAGUUAUCAUUAUUUCUCAACUUGAAGUAAAGGAUUUGCACUCGUACCGCUUUUCUUUGAAGCCAAAGAAGACCUCAGCAUCAUUAGCUUAUCGGUGGACUUCCUCUUUCUUCCAUUUUGGAUUUCUGCUUCCUGUCAGCUCGCCAGCUUCUAUGUCAUGUUUGAUGUUUCCAUGACAAGAGCUGACCACGUUAGGCGGUGUGAUGGUCGUCAUGGUCAGGGCUUGAAGUAUUAAAGACAUUUCACUUGUAACAGUAAAGACUGUUUUCACAAGAAGGAAAUAAAGAACAAUAUGUACUUGUAUGCAAUGUUGAUAAAAGAUCAAUAAAACUGUCACCAAACAG